AUGGCAUCCCCAAAGAGACUGCAGGGUCUCACAGCAGCUACAAUCACUCCAAUGACUCCAGAUGGAGAAAUUAACCUCUCUGUGAUUGGGCAAUAUGUGGAUUAUCUUGUAAAAGAGCAGGGUGUGAAGAACAUUUUUGUGAAUGGCACAACAGGAGAAGGGCUGUCACUGAGCACCCAGGAGAGGAAGCAGCUGGCAGAGGAGUGGGUGACCAAAGGGAAAAACAAGUUGGAUCAUGUGAUCAUUCACGUGGGAGCAUUAAGUCUACCAGAGGCAAAGGAACUGGCCAAACAUGCAGCUGCAAUAGGAGCCAGUGGUAUCGCUGGGAUCGCCCCUUUUUUUUUCAAACCUACAAACAAAGAUACAUUGGUUGCUUUCUUACGGGAAGUUGCAUCUGAAGCCCCUGGCAUUCCAUUUUAUUACUAUCACAUUCCUCCUUUAACAGGUGUAAAGAUUCGUGUUGAGGAGCUGCUGGAUGGUAUAAAAGAACAGAUCCCCACCUUCCAGGGGGUGAAGUUCAGUGACACAGACCUCUUGGACUUCGCACAGUGUGUGAAGAACAACAAAGAGCAAUUUGUGCUACUCUAUGGGGUGGAUGAGCAUCUGCUGAGUGCGCUGGCAAUAGGAGCAUCUGGGGCAGUUGGAAGCACAUACAACUACCUGGGCAAAAAAAACAACUUGAUGUUGGAGGCUUUUGCAAAGCAAGACCUUGCAUUAGCACAGCGGUAUCAGUUCUGUACUGGAGAAUUUCUCAGCUUUGUAUUCAAACUAGGUUUUGGUGUUGCACAAACUAAAGCAGUCAUGACUUUUACCUCAGGGAUUCCAAUGGGUCCCCCACGGCUUCCGCUCCUGAGUGCCUCUGUGGAUUUUAUUGAGAAAGCAAAAGCUAAAAUGGAGAGCCUGAUUGUGUGACUGUCCCAGCAGUUGAUCUGAUAUUAAUGUGGAUCUGGAGGUUUGGGGCCUCUGCUUUUGUGAUUCAUCACUCAAAGGGUUCUCCUUGGGGAACACACUGACUCAAUGAGAUUUCCAUCAGUGAAUUUGUAAUAAGUGGUUUCCUAACAGGGAUGGCCUUGUUAGCCUAUGUCUUGCUUUCUUUCCUUUAGUAUUACCCAAAGGGGGAACCUUUAUAAUACAGGUGAAUUCUGUUUAUCUGAAUGGCCUGGAGGACAUCCGAGACCUUUGGAUAACCAGGUGUUCAGAUAAAUGGAAGUGCUAUUUUUAGCUGCAGUUUCACAGGUCUGGUCUACACUUCAAAUUGAGGUCAGCCUAGCUACGUUGUUAAGAUGCCCUAACCUUUCUGGUAGAUGUGGCAAGGUCAAUGGAAGAAUUCUUCUGUUGACCUAGCUACUACCUCCCGGAGAGGUGGAUUACGCCUAUUGAGGGGAAACCCCCUUCUGUCGCUGUAGGAAACGUCUACGCUAUGGUGCUCCAGCGGCACAGUUCCAGUGCCAUAUCAGUGCCGCUUGAGUGGCUGUAGUGUAGACAAAGCCACUGUUUCAUACUGCAGUGAUGCCAGUCCCAGAGGGAGGAGGGGAGAAAAGUAUCUGGUAUCACUGCGGAAUGAAAGGGCGGGGAGAGGGAAGGCAAAGAGGAGGAUGGGAGAGAGAAAAGAAAGGAGGUAGAGGGGAAGGAGCCGCAGGAGACAGGAGCCUUCUUGACAGCCCAGGAUUCCACAAGCACCAGUACAAAUACUGUAGUGAGGGGUACAGCUGCCUGGCUCCCUCCCCCACAGCUGUCAGUGCUAGAACCAAGGAGGUUCUUGUCUCCUGCAGCUAUUCCCCCUCUCUUAACUACAUUUUGGAUCCCCAAGAGUGUGAUCUGAAAGAACAGUGUAUUCCCCCAUGC